GACCGUUAGAGACGAGAUCAUCAUGGACCUUAUCUAUCAUGAAAAGCAAGAUGGAUUACUUUGUGCACAGCACUGCCUUAACAACCUGCUGCAAGGACAGUACUUCAAUGCUGUAGACCUCGCAGAAAUAGCCCAAGAAAUGGACCAAGCAGAACAGCGUCACAUGGCUGAGUUUGGCAUGCAGACAGAGGACUUCAGACGAUUUAUGGAGCAACCAUCUGUGAAUAUGGAUGACACUGGGAUGUUUAGCGUCCAGGUGAUCACUUCUGCGUUGAAGCUGUGGGACUUGACGCUUGUUCCAUAUGAGUCAUCCAGUAAUUUAGCCCAGAAGGCACGAGGCAACCCCACGGAUCAGCAGGCUUACAUCUGUAAUUUCAAGGAACACUGGUUGACUAUGCGAAAGCUAGGCUACCAGUGGUUCAAUCUCAAUAGCCAGCUGCCCUUCCCUGAACCCAUCUCUGACACAUACCUGGCACUCUUCCUCAAACAGCUUCAGCAUGAUGGAUAUUCAAUAUUUGUAGUUGAGGGCUCAUUACCUCCUUCUGAGGCAGACGAAACCCUCCGACUCCACCCAGCAAUACCAGCAGCAAAACCCAGACUUCUCACAGAGGACUCAAAAAAACAAAGCAAUGAUCUCAAAGCUGCUUUGGCUGCCAGCCUGGCACGGGUGGGUACUGCAAGUGCGAACCCCUCAACAUCACUUGUUGAUGACGAAGAGAAAAAGCUGCAGGCUGCUCUUGAAAUGUCUAUGGAAGCAACUGCAGAUAGAGAUAGGGAUGAUGACUUAGAGAGGGCUAUUCAGCUGAGCAUGUCAAGUGAAGCAGAACACAAUGACACUGAAGAGGCAGCACAAACUAUUACUACUGAUGGAGUCAAGGCUAAAGAGGGUAAUUCGAGUCCCAGUCCAAACCAUCAGGUGCCAGUUGCAGCAGAGGGAGACUUACAUAGAGCUAAUAGACUGGGCAAGGCAAGUGAAGCAGAAGGGAGCCAGAGCAGCCCAGGGACGGAGGAGGACCAGCUGCAGGAAGCUUUGCGCAUGAGCCUAGACCAGUCAGUGAUGGAAAAUACAGGCCCCAGCGAAGGCAAACCAGACCUGGAGGAGUUAAGAGAAAAGCGCUUGGCGUUCCUAAACAAGAAGAGCCACUGACCAGCGUAGGCUUUGGGAAUGGUAUAAAGUGAGAGUGUGAUGUACUAAAUACUGCCAUGUCAGUUGCCUUUGAGGAAUUUGAUUCCAACAAUCUUUUUUUCUCUCUCUCUCAUUCCUUAUUUUCUAUUUUUACUCUCUCUGUGUUUCCCCAAUAUUUUUAUGUGAGUUAGGUAGAGUGUGUAUGAGUGUUAGUGUGUAUGUGAGUGUUAGUGUGCAUGUGUGUGUGUGUGCGUGUGU